AUGCGGGGGCGGCUCUGGCUGCUGGUGCUGGUGCUGCGGGGGGCCGCCCGGGCGCUGAGCCCCCAGCCCGGAGCAGGUCCGGAUGCAGGCCACGCCUCUGGAUGGGCCGCCCAGGGGACCUCGCAGGGCUGGAAUCGGAGAGCCCGAGAGAGCCCCGGGCAGGUGUCGGAGCCGGACAGGACCCAGCUGAGCCAGGACCUGGGUGGGGGCACCCUGGCCAUUGACACACUGCCGGAUAACAGGACCAGGGUGGUGGAGGACAACCACAGCUACUAUGUGUCUCGUCUGUACGGCCCCAGCGAGCCUCGCAGCCGGGAGCUGUGGGUGGACGUGGCCGAGGCCAACCGGAGCCACGUGAAGGUCCACAGAAUCCUCUCCAACACCCACCGGCAGGCUUCGAGAGUGGUCUUGUCCUUUGAUUUCCCUUUCUACGGGCAUCCUCUGCGGCAGAUCACCAUAGCAACCGGAGGCUUCAUCUUCACCGGUGACGUGACCCAUCGGAUGCUCACAGCGACUCAGUACGUGGCCCCUCUGAUGGCCAACUUCAACCCCGGCUACUCCGACAACUCCACCGUCGCUUACUUUGACAAUGGGACAGUCUUUGUUGUCCAGUGGGACCAUGUCUACCUCCAAGGCCGGGAGGACAGGGGCAGCUUCACCUUCCAGGCGGCUCUGCACCGUGACGGCCGCAUUGUGUUUGGCUACAAAGAGAUCCCCAUGUCUGUCCUGGAAAUCAGCUCCUCCCAGCACCCCGUCAAAACCGGCCUGUCAGACGCCUUCAUGACGCUCAACACAUCCCCAGACGUUCCAGAAUCCCGGCGAAGGGCCAUCUUUGAGUACCACCGUGUGGAGCUGGACCCCAGCAAGGUCACCAGCACGUCGGCCGUGGAGUUCACCCCAUUGCCAACCUGCCUGCAGCAUCGGAGCUGCGAUGCCUGCAUGUCCUCGGACCUGACCUUCAACUGCAGCUGGUGCCACGUCCUCCAGAGGUGCUCCAGUGGCUUUGACCGCUACCGCCAGGAGUGGCUGGCCUACGGCUGUGCCCAGGAGGCGGAGGGCAGGACGUGUGAGGACUUCCAGGACGAGGGCCACUACUCGUCUCCCCCUGGCAGCUCCGUCAGCCCUUCGGGUGGAGACCACAGCACCACCUCCUCCUCCCUCUCCUUGGACAGCCUCACCACGGAAGAUGACACUAAGCUGAAUCCCUAUGCGGGAGGAGAUGGCCUUCAGAACAACCUGUCCCCCAAGACCAAGGGCCCCCCCGUGCACCUGGGCACCAUCGUGGGCAUCGUGCUGGCGGUCCUCGUCGUGGCGGCCAUCAUCCUGGCGGGGGUUUACAUCAGCGGCCACCCCACUUCCAACGCCGCGCUCUUCUUCAUCGAGAGGAGACCUCACCACUGGCCGGCCAUGAGAUUCCGCAACCACCCCAACCACUCCACCUACACGGAGGUGGAGCCCGCCGGCCACGAGAAGGAGGGCUUCGUGGAGGCGGAGCAGUGCUGAGGCCAGGUCCCACCUCGGAAGGGCAGAAAGGCAGCGGAGAAGGGAUUUCUGUGGGCCUCCUCCGGACACACCCCGGCCGGGAAGAGGGGACAGUGGUGGCUUGUGGUCCCAGAGCUACAGUUUGGCCAUCACACCCCAGUAUGGAAGCAGGGGCAGGAAAGCAACCACCUUUGAGUUUUUAAGGAACAAUAACCCACUUUCAUCCUCUUUUGAUGCCAGGGGUCCCCCCUUCUGGGGCUGUCAACCGUCUACUCUGUAGCUCCCCCAGAGACCCCCGCCCGCCUGGAGAUGACCAGACGCCCCGCUCCUGGUCCCCUAACGCCCCUGCAUGGGACACAAGAGAAACUGAGCUCUGGACUGGGGCCGCCACCUCCCAGGGUCCAUAGGCUCGAGAGCUGGUCCUCGUGGCUAUGGGUCCGGCGCGUUCCGCCCUGCUUCUGUGGCCGUGGGAGGCCGGAGGAGGCGUUCUCUCCACCCGUGAACACGGGUUCAGCCUCUCUCGGCCCUUCGCCAAGCCGCCGGAGGGAGGAGAGCAGAGCAGAGGAGAGGGGAGAAGAGGACUCCUGGGGGGAAUUGCAUCUUUAGGCUUUGCUCCCUCAGCGCGCCCUUUCUGCCGGGAGCCGUACUGCUGUGUGGGAUGUGUGUGCAGCCCGUUUACCCCAGCUGUGGCCCAGCCUCGGCCGGGCGGGCCGGGAGGGCUCUUGAUUCCAGCGGCACCGGUGGUGUCCAUUGUGUUCCCUGGCCUUUUCCUCUGUCGGUGCAGAGCUUCCCUGAUUCCUGUUCCUCCUCCACGUGGGGUUUUGGUAGCCAUGGAAGAGAAGCGGGUGGUUGGACGGAGACAUAUCCAGCAGAGAACUUCGGCUGGAGUCUGUUGAGCAGCAAAGCCACCGGAACGGUUGGGACACAGGACACAGGACUCUCACAGGGGAAGGAGGGACUUUUCUACGGAAAAUCGUGACCUGGAGAGUUGCCCCCACCGCCUCAGCGCUGCUGAAAGUUUGGGGGGUCAGAGAGUUUGAGCUCCCAAACGUAAGCUGGUUUUAAGGGAAUUCUAUUCCAGAGAUGAGCUGAGGCUGUUCCUGAAGAGCAUUUGAAACAAAAAUCUAUGGCCCUGGCCCCCGGGGCUCCGUUGGUGGAGUGCCAUCCUGUGCAUCAGAAGGUCAGCAGUUCAAUUCGUGCCCAGGUUGCAGGUCCAAUCCCUGGCUGGGGAGUGUGCGGGAGGCAAUCGAUCAAUGUUUCUCUCUCACAUUGAUACUUCUCUCUCUCUCCCUCUCCCUCUCUCUCUAAAAAUCAAUAGAAAAAUAUGUUAAAAAACACACACAAAUAAAAUGAAAAUCUAUAGCUCACCCUCAUCCAAAGUAAAAAAUAUUGGCAGUAAAUAAAUGGUAAA